AUGGGAAAGGACUUGUAUAGCCUCUAUCCUAGAUCAGCAAAGCUAGAAAACAGGCAAGACUUUAAUGUUUUUGCGAACUUUUUUAUUUACACUUUUAAAUACAUACAGGAAGAGCUAAAGGUCACUGAAAAUGCACAACCAGCCAUUCUGACGACAUCCAUCGCCAUACUACGCGCAUUAGAAAUCGAAUUUGGGUUUGACAUUUCAAAAUCAUCCAACCAUGUCCUAGGUCAUUCACUUGGCGAAUAUACUGCGUUGGUAGCCACAAAAGCAUUAUCUCUGGCUGAUGCCGUACGGCUUGUCAGAUUACGAGGUGAAGUCAUGACACAGGCAGUAGCAGAUAAACAAGGCAAAACAGCUAUGUCUGCGCUCGUUGUAAGAAAAGAUAAAUUGGCAGAACUAGAAAAGGCGAUUGAAGAAAUAAAUCAAAGUCUACCACCCGAAGAACUGGUCCAUGUAGCAAACAUCAAUAGCUCAUUCCAAGUUGUUAUCAGCGGCACAACACAGGGUGUAGAUCAAGCUUCUCGUACACUUCAACAACGUCGCUUUGCCGCUCGUGCAGUAGAUCUCCCAGUAUCUGCUCCUUUCCAUUGUUCUUUGAUGCAACCAGCAGCAGAUGUUAUGCGAGAAGCAUUAAGUAAAGUUGAAAUUAAGAUGCCUUGUGUGGACGUGGUUAGUAAUGUCACUGCAAGGCCGUACUCUAGUGCUGAAGAAAUUCCAAAACUAUUGGUUGAACAAAUUACAGCAACGGUACAAUGGGAACGUAGUAUUGGCUACUGCAAGGGACAAGAUGUUGAUGAUUUUUUAUGCUUUGGUCCCGGUAAAGUGCUGGCCAACCUUUUGAAAAAAGAGUAUCCGUUAGACAAGAUAAAGUAA